AUGGCCAACGAGCGCGAGAGCAAGACUUUCCUCGCACGACUGUGUGAGCAGGCUGAGCGCUACGAUGAGAUGGUCAGCUACAUGAAGGAAGUCGCAAAGAUUGGCGGCGAACUUACCGUUGACGAGCGCAACCUUCUCUCCGUGGCCUACAAGAACGUGGUUGGAACGCGCCGUGCUUCGUGGCGCAUCAUUUCCAGCAUCGAGCAGAAGGAGGAGGCCAAGGGAUCGGACAAGCACGUCGACAUCAUCCGCGACUACCGCCAGAAGAUCGAGACUGAGCUGGAGAAGGUCUGCCAAGACGUUCUGGAUGUCCUCGAUGAGAGCCUCAUUCCCAAGGCGGAGACUGGGGAGAGCAAGGUUUUCUACCAUAAGAUGAAGGGUGACUACCACCGUUACCUGGCCGAGUUCGCGUCUGGUGAGAAGCGUAAGACCGCUGCGACCGCUGCCCACGAGGCGUACAAGAACGCUACAGACGUUGCCCAGACCGAGCUGACCCCAACCCACCCUAUCCGUCUCGGUCUCGCCUUGAACUUCUCCGUCUUCUACUACGAGAUCCUAAACUCACCCGACCGUGCAUGCCACCUUGCCAAGCAAGCCUUUGACGAUGCCAUCGCCGAGCUCGACAGCCUUUCGGAGGAGUCCUACCGCGACAGCACGCUCAUCAUGCAGCUCCUGCGCGACAACCUGACCCUCUGGACCUCUUCAGACGGCGGCGAGUCGGAGGCUGCUGCUGGCGAGACCAAGGCGGAGGAGAAGGCACCUGAGGCUACCGAGGCGCCUGCGGCCGCUGCCUCGGAGGAGCCAAAGGCUGCUGCCUAG